CAGCAAAACAAAACAGCAAUGGUGGAAGCAUCUUGAUUCACGGUCAUUACCUCUGCUGCCGAGUCUCGAUCCAACAGAACUGCCGGGUGUGGUUACAGAACGUCCGCUACAUCCGUAGAGGAGGCCCGGGGGGACGUGGAGAUCAAUCCCAUGGUGGCUCGUCCUCAAGCGGGAAGCGCUUGGUGGUGGAUGCCAGCGGAGGGUGCAGAAAUGCGUCGGGUUGUUUCUCCUUCUUGGCUGUCACCUCAGCAUCUCUCCUUGUGUCGGCUCGAUGCGGACCACAGUGCCGUGACGUGACGUGAUGUGACGUAACUCGGGGACAGGGCUUCUCCUGCGUGCGCGCACCCGAGUCCUCGACCCUUCGCAACAGUGAGCCCAAGCACGCGCGCGGGAUCUUUAAAAGCGCGUUCGCGGCCAAUCGGCGCGCGCUCUCGGCGUCAGAAUGUCGUCAUCAGAACGAGUUGUCCUUUAUUUGUUUAUUUGAUAACAAUGGCACAACAUCCGCUAUUAUUCGUAUUCUUUGCGCGAUAAACGACACGACAAACGUAGUCCAACCCCUGCAUUGGCGUCUGAUGAGGCGAUUUGUUUGGAACGCGUCCAAAAUGGCGGUCUUUUAAACCGAAAGAUUGUUUAUUCUCGACAAGUGGCAUACACUCACACGCAUAACAACAACAACUUCGUGAAGCUAUUUUGACCGAUGGGAAACGGCUCUGAAACCGAAAUGAAUACCGAAUGUCGCCGUUAAAUGAUCACUGCUCAUUGCUACAAUUUUACUUGCAUUGUAACGCAUUGGAAAAAAGGGUACACGAGUGAGAUGUCUUACUAUGUUACGUCUCUGAUCAUGUGACAAUGACGCGUCUAUUUCCAGCCGGUCUGUGCCGCGUUGGCUAGCUUGACAGGCGGCUAAGCUAAAAUGACUAGCUAGCUACAAACGAAGCUACUUCCUCCUCCGUUGACGGGAGCCAGUUGGAGCUGGCGAAUGAAUCCGGUGCCUCGAUGCGUCUCCUGCGGGGAGGAUGGCAGCCACACAAACGGAGGAUGCUGAAGCUGUUCGGUGUCCUGGUUAUCAUCGGGCUGGCCUUGGCGUGCAUCACCUCCUGGGUGCUGGACAGCUAUGACACAGCUUGGCACCCGAAACGGAGCGUUCAGCAGCCAGCUGGCUGGGAUGGAGAUGACACCAAGGGCAGCUCUCCCCCAUUUCCAGGGAAGACUCUGGAUAAUAUAUUCUGGUUUGUGCAGGUGUCCGACAUCCACAUCAGCCGCUUCCGCGACCCAAUGCGCAUCCCUGACUUUGAAAAGUUCUGCACCGACACCAUUAAGUUGAUAAAGCCGUCUCUCGUGCUUGUGACAGGGGAUCUGACAGACGCCAAGACGGAGAGCAAAGUGGGCUCCCUCCAGCAUGAGGUGGAGUGGCAAGCCUACCACAACAUCCUCAAGAGGUCGCGUGUGAUGGAGCGCACGAGGUGGAUUGACAUCCGCGGCAAUCACGACGCCUUCAACAUAAUAUCACUGGACAGCGUCAACAACUAUUACCGGAAAUACUCGGCCAAUCAGAAGGUGGGCUCCUUCCAUUACGUUCACACAACUCCCUUCGGGAGCUACUCCUUUGUGUGCGCGGAUGCCACCCUGACGCCAGGGCCCAAGAGGCCGUACAAUUUUUUUGGGAUUCUCAAUCAGACUCAUAUGAACAAGCUGGACACGUUCCGAGCUGAGAGUCUAAAAAGCAACCAGUCCAUCUGGUUCGGCCACUACACCACGUCCACCAUCGUUUCUCCGUCUCCGGGUGUGCGGGAGCUGAUGAGGUCCGCCGUCGCCUAUCUAUGUGGUCACUUGCACACACUGGGUGGCUUGAUGCCCAUUCUCCACACUCGACAUCCCAGCGGCACACUAGAGCUGGAGCUUGGAGACUGGAUGGACAACCGCAGGUACAGGAUUCUGGCCUUUGACCACGACCUGCUAAGUUUCUCAGACCUGAGGUUUGAACAGUGGCCCGUGGUGCUCAUCACCAACCCCAAGGACGUGCAGUACCUCCAUCCUGGACUGGAACCAGUGGGCCGCAUACGGAUGUCCACACACAUCAGGAUUUUGGCCUUCUCUGAGGCGCCCAUCACGGUGGUACAUGUCAGCGUGGACGGGGAGUCUUUAGGGACAGGACAGCCUGCUGGAGGCCCCCUCUACGUGCUGCCCUGGGACCCGUCACGCUACGUCACUGGGCCGCACACCAUCCGAGUUCAGGUGGAGGAUUCAUCGGGGCGGUGGAGCGUGCAGGAGCAUCACUUCGCCCUGGGCAACGAUGUGACCCCCAGCUUUGGCUUUGCUCAGUCCUUCAUCCUGCUGACGGAUCACUACGUGGUCGGCCGAGUGGCUUUUGUGCUCACCAUGCUGCUCAAUGUCGGAGUGCUGCUGUCCUUCAGGUUCAUGCCCGUCCUGUCGCACCGAGCAGGACUGUUCUCUCCCGUGUGCACCUCACUGCGACUGGUCAGUAAAGUGGACAGCUUCUUUUACUCCCUGCUGCUCUUCAACCUGUGCACAGCCUUAGGGCCGUGGUUCAUCGGCGAGCUGAUCGACGGCCACAGCGGUGCCUGCUUCGCCUUCGGGAUGUUCAUCGACGGUCACUUCCUGGAGGGCAGCCUCACUUUUGUUGUGGGAGUCGUUCAGCUGCUCUUCUUCAACAUGCCGCUCACCUUUUACCUGUGCUGGACCCUCCACCACCGUUACUGCGGCAACACCUUCCGCUCCAUGCUCCUGCGGCCGGGCUGGCGCUGGCGAAACGCGGCGGUGCACCUGCUUAUGCUGCUGCUGCUCACCUGGCAGGCCCACUCCUGCUACUUCCUGCUGGAGACCUACGGCCCCGUGGCCUUCUUCCUGUCUCCGGUGCGCACGUGGGCACUCGGACUGGGCCUGCUGCUGAUCUACCGUGCCUGGACGUGCCCUUUCCUGGCUGUCAAGAGUGUCCCGCUGUCUUGACAGUAAGCCACACACACACACAUACACAGUUUCUGUCCGCUAUCUCACUCCCUCCAUAUGAUUUACUGGGUUAUGCAUGUUUAAAACGUAAAGCACCAGUGAGUACACGUGUAAAAACAAAAGAAAACAAAACAACUAUACAACACACAACUUUGGAUUGUUUACUUGAACUUUAGCACCUUUUUUUCCCCCCCAAAGUGUUGCCUUGGCCCCAUGCCACUCCGCCACUGCCAAAGGACGAGUACAACACAUCCUAAUGAUGGCUGGACGUGCCAACAACAAAGUUGUUUACACUAUUAUCUCUCUACACGAUCAUGCACAAAUAUUUCUUUCCGCCGCAUCAUAUCAACACAUUUUCUCUCUAACGUGACGAUGGCAAGCAAGCUGUUGUUGGGAUUCUCAGGAACCCCUCGCAGGAUUUCAGGACAUUUUUCUACUUCACAGUAGCUUACAAAAAGAAUUGUGAGGUGGCUUUAAAUAGAGAAAGAUGUGAAUGUGUUUUAGCUGUGAAAUGAACCUCUAUGCUGUUUUUUUUUAAUUAAUGAUGAUAAUAUUGUGUGAUUUCCACCACCUGCCCACUCCUCCUGCAUUGGGAAAAGUAUUCCAACAUUGUGCAAAGUACCUAAAGGCAGCCAAAACCUCCUAGUCCCGACAACCACUAAAUGCCACAUUAGGCACAUCUGCACAACCUUGACAGACUUUUGCAGUGUUUCCCAUACAUACAUUUAUUUGUGGCAACCCACCACAAAUAAAUUUGGACCACCAGGAAUAGAGUUAGCGCUACCCGUUGGCCCUGGCUCAUAGACACAUGAUAAUGGGACCGCCGGAGAGUGGAGCUUGUCGUUCCAACUAUGUACAGUAGAUGGCAUCGUAACUCUGCUUCUUAACACGCCACUGGUCUGCCAGAGAAGACAACGUAGCAACAGGGAUCAGGGUUGCUAACUUAGCUUUUUUUUUUUUUUUUUUUUUUAUACUAGCUUUUUUUCGACGAGACUACCAACAAAUCCGGUGACUUUUUUUGGUCUUAUUGGACACUUUUGGAGACUCUUAACACAGGGGUGUCCAAAGUACAGCCUGGGGGCCAUUUGUAGCCCUGUGACUGUUUUUUUUUUUUUUUAAUUGGCACAUUCUAAAAAUACAAUUAACAAGAAAACAGCAAAAUGGUAAAAAAAAUCAUCAUCAGUCAUUUUAGAGGUGUGACGAGACACCCGAGACGAGAUUUUAGCAUUACUUAGCAUUACUAAGAAAAGUAAAAAAAAGACAAUCUAUUGCAAUCUGCUAAUUUAAUUUUUACUAUGUUACACUGCACUCUGUGUGUAUGCUAGCUGCCCCGCCUCCACCCACCGAGGCAAAGAGACUGUAUGACUGACAAAAGGGCUCACUCCAUUCAUGCUGUUGUUUUAACAAAUGUGCCAAGGUACUGAAACCAGAGUGAACCCUCUUCCUGCCUGUUUUGGAGGCGGGAGACGAGGAAAACGGAUAUGCAUGCACAUGGCACCAUAUUAAGGCCGGCAAAAUGAUCAAGUUCAUUUUCAUUUAUUGUGUGAUUAAAUCAUUUAUUGUCCCAGGCUUGCCCACCAGAAAUGAAGCAGAAAUCUUGUCGUGUUUUAAUCUUUGAGAUCUUGUGACAGCCCUAUAUUACUAGAAAAAAGUCCAAUUAGGAAAAACAUGUCAUUUUUAGAAGCAUUAAGUUGAACUAUUACGUUAUUUUCUAAAGUUGGAAUGUUAUGAGAAACAAAACAAAGAUUGAAGUUGCAAAUUUUGGAAAAUUAGGUUGAAGAAAAGUUAUGAUAUUAUAGAAUAAAGUCAGAUUAUUAUGAGCAAAAGUUAUUAUCAAUUUAUGAGAAUAAAUUCACAAUCUGAGGAAAAAUUGACUUGUAAUUUUUAGAAGCAUAAAGUUCAAAUAUUAAAGGGAAAAAUGUUUUUUUUCUGAAGUUGUAAUAUUAUGAGAAACAAAUUAGGUAGCAAAUUUUGGAAAAGGUUAUGAUAUUAUGACAAUAAAGUCAUAACAUUGCAAGAAUGAUAUAUCACUUCUUUACAUAUCUACAUGGGUUGUUUUACACAGGCAGCCCUUGCAUCCUUUCAUUUUUAGCAUGUGGCCCUCGAUGGAAAACGUUUGGACACCCCUGCUCUAAAAUGUACGCACGUUUCGCUCUUCUCAGCCGGUCCUGAUGAGAGCCCCCUCUCGCCCCCAUCAUUUUUUUUAUUUUAUUUUUUUGCCAGCACACUCAACUGUGUAAAGAAGUACUUAAUAAGAAUAUUUCAUUCAUUCAGAUCCAGGAUGUGUUAUUUUAGUGUUCCCUUUAAUUUUUUGGAGCAGUGUAUGUACAGCAGGUAGCCUCUUAGCAUCUACAUGGGUUGAAGUACAAAAUGGAAAAUAUCAAAGUGUCCCGUCCAUCCUUUGAUUUUUUCCAGUGUGCUGCCCUUAAUGAAAAAGGUUUCAAGUAACAUUACGGACACCUGGUGGCCAAUGUAGAAUCCUACAUAUCAUCACAACAUUUUUGAAUGCAUCUUCUGAAUGCCUUAUUUGUAUUUUACUUAAUUUAGCCAUUUUUUAUGUUUAAAUGCUUAAUUUAAGCAAAAAAAAGUAAAAUUUACUUUUUUAAAAAAUGCAAUUUUUGACCAACAUUAGGCCAUAUUCAACCACGAAACAGCAUGAUUUAUCGACUUAAAUAUUUUGGGAAAAAACGUGAGUGACAAGGGAUUACUAUAUUUGUUUCACCUUUUGUCUCCCACAGUGUCCAUUAAAAAUCCCACACACACGCAUCACGGUCAAUUGUGCGCAUCAUCGCGCUCUUGCAACCCUCCCGCCACAAAUAGAUGGCAGUCCUGUGGGAAACACUGUUUUCACUGUAUUCACUUAACAAUGUUUCUUUUGUGGCUGUAAGGCUAGUGUUUGUAACAACAUGCCAAGCAUAUUGUUAAAUGAAUGCAUUCAAGUGAGCAUUACUGUGCACAGCUUCCCUCACGAUGCCUCAUCUACCCUCCAGGGGGCACUACCGAACAAGACUGCACCUCCGCUAGUUCCCUAGCCAUUUCAUUAAGCAUGGGGAGUGUCGAUCAAAUGAUAAUUGAUACCCGCUGGUGUCAGUGUGAGUGUCACUGUCCUGUACAAGUGAUGUGCACAUAAAUAAACCUUCAGCCACUGUGCUUUUACGAUACGCUGCUGUUCACUGACAUUUAGUAUGUUCACACACACACACAGAAAUGAAAGAGGGUGUUUAUGACUGGAAAAAAGGGAGCAACCAUGUUUUUUGUUGGGUUUUUUUCAAUUAAUGGUUUAUAGUGCUGUGGAAUAAAAAUGUUCUAUACAAUA